AUGGCCAUGCUUGCCUCCAAGUCUCCGUAUCCCGCGCCCUCCAUGGGCGGAGGCGCCUCACAGUCGUCGGCACAGUACAGCUCCAACGUAGCGAGCUACCGCAACCUUGGCUCGAAUGCGCGCGUGGACCAUUCCAUGUUUGCCUCGCCCACAGAGUCGGAGUUUUCGGAACUCUAUGACGCCCCAGACGCCGUCAGGCACUGGGACGAAGACAAGGUCGGCGACUGGCUGAAGCGCAUCAACUGUGCUCAGUAUGUCGAUUUGUUCAAGCAUAACCACAUUAAUGGCGAGAACCUCAUGGAGAUGGACCAGACGCACCUCAAGGACAUGGGUAUCAAGAAAGUCGGGGACCGCGUCCGCAUAGGCUCGCAAGCCAAGCAGCUUCGGAAUAAGGAAUACAAAAAAGCCAGCAGGCGGACGUCAAACAGACAGUCACUGGCCACGCUCGACACCGCAGCAUACACUCCACCGUCAUCCGGCUCGCCACGACCCAUGUACUCUGCACGGUCCAUCCCUGUCAGCUCGCGGUCCGACAAACGCAUGUCACGACAAAUUACCAACUCUGACCUCAGCAGCUAUGCGUACGGCGCCAAACCGCCGUCUCGUCCCGGGUCGCCUCUGGUCGACCAGGAAAACCGAGCGCUUCGAUCGCAGCAGCACGGCACAGCAUACGGGGUCCAUCCGCUCAGUGCUUCGAGCAGCUCUGCGAACAUCACAUCCCAAUACGUACGGAACCCACGGUCCACGCCUACCGAAACUCCUCAGACGGCUCGAUUUGCACAUCACGUUCGAGCGAGCCCCAGUCUGGACACUGCUACCAACAGUGCCAUUCUACCCCAGGACAAGGCUUUGGUCCGAGUCAUCUACGAUGGCGGACGCACCUCUGUUGUCAACAUCGAGGGAUGCAAGACGGCCGAGGAGGUUAUGCUCAAGACCCUGACUAAGGGCCACCUCAAUACAGCGCAUGUCAAGAAUUACUGCUUCUACAUACUUAACAGCGCUGACCCGGAUCCCUCGCUCUCUGAGCGUCUGAGCGACAUGGAGGUCUUCAGGCUCGUGAAGGACGCAAACCGACACGAGCGAGGCCGUCUUAUCCUCCGCAAGGUCCACGCUGGAGAACCGGAAGAGGAUCAGUUGAAGGCGGCUUCUGGCAUCUACCAACAGCAAAACUUUCAAAAAGUACAGAACGUCUACAUACCCGCCAGCAACCGGAGUCAGAGCAAGAUCGAAAAGCUUACCGGUGAAUCACUUGCUGCCGUCAGCUAUCCGCUCUCACCGUCCUCCGCGAGAGAAAGAGAACGCCACAUCAACUCGACAGCCCAGAAUCUCGAAGGCCCUGCCGAUGCCGCACGAUCACCAGUAUUUCAUGCGCGUGCGCGGAAGCUCAAGCAGUUCUACGGGGCUCGACCUCCUAGCGAGCUCAUCACCUCUGAUCUCACUUCGUACUUCCCCGACGUCGGCAAAGACGAGAUUGACAAGACCGUUCGCAUGUCUAUACGUAGGUCAUCUCGCCUCAGUCGCGCAGCGUCUCGCCUUUCCAUGGCUUCGAACUUUAGCGUUGCUUCCAGCCUGAGAGAUGCGCCACCCCUACCGUCCAUUGCCGAUAGCUGGCUACAAGGAGGCGGUCAGGCUCGACCUCUCCGGCCACUCUCAGUCAUGAGGCUUGGCUUGCCUUCCCAAUCAGGCUACCGAGACUCGAUGGCAUCAUCUGUCCUCGAACCUCUCGACGAGGAAUCACCUCUUGAGCCAAACCGCAAGUCUUACGUCUCCUUUGGUGACGGCAGCGGCUCGGACACUCUCGCUGUGACGGAUCCGGAUGGUACCACCACCCUGCAGUCUUACUUCGAUGACGGCGGCAGCAGCCACGCAGGCAGCAGCAAUAGCAAUACCGAGAAUGGUGACUCGUUGAACAAGCGCCUCUCGCAGGCCAUAGCCGAAGAUGGCGAAGAGUCGGAUGACGAGCUGGCAGAGUAUCUCGAGCAAGACUCUUGGGACAACGUCAAGUACAUGAAGGGAGCUCUGAUUGGUCAAGGUUCCUUUGGCAGCGUGUACCUCGCACUGCACGCCAUGACAGGCGAGCUCAUGGCUGUCAAGCAGGUCGAGCUUCCGUCUGUAGCCGGCGCUUCGCAAAUGGACCACAAGAAGACGAACAUGGUGGAGGCGCUGAAACACGAGAUUGGGCUUUUGCGGGAGCUGAAACAUACGAACAUUGUGCAGUAUCUCGGCUCGAACUCGGACGAGAGCCAUCUCAACAUUUUCCUCGAGUACGUCCCUGGUGGAUCCGUUGCGACUAUGCUCAUCAACUACGGGCCUCUCGGCGAGUCUCUCAUCCAAAACUUUGUACGCCAGAUCUUGACGGGUCUGUCCUAUCUUCACUCACGGGACAUUAUCCACCGAGACAUCAAGGGCGCCAACAUUCUCGUCGACAACAAGGGCUCUGUCAAGAUCUCUGAUUUCGGCAUCUCCAAGCGUAUCGAAGCGUCUACCCUGGGUGGCAGCAAAAAGGGAGCGCAGCGUGUGUCUCUCCAAGGCUCAGUCUUUUGGAUGGCGCCUGAAGUGGUUCGGCAGACUGCCUACACGCGCAAAGCUGAUAUUUGGUCCCUGGGGUGUCUCGUUGUCGAGAUGUUUACGGGAAGCCACCCGCAUCCCAACUGCACGCAACUGCAAGCCAUUUUCAAGAUUGGCGGCAGUGGCGACGCGAGCCCCACGAUUCCCGAAAACGCUGGCGAUGAGGCUCGAACGUUCCUGGCGAAGACUUUCCUUAUCGACCACGAGGCGCGUCCUAGCGCGGAUGAGCUGCUUGCCAGCGCGUUUAUAACUAAUCAAGGUGCAUAA